AUGUCCUCGACAAACCUCCCCAGCUCUUCAAAUGGGGCGUCAACACCUCGAGCAGAGCUCCCCUCCACUCCUGAGCUCGACAUCAAGAAACUACAGUCCCUCCCUUCAGAACAACAAGACCUAUACCUCCUUACAUUCGUCUCGACCCUCACGAAACAUGUCGAAGGACUCGACCCUGACGACUGCACAGCGCAGCAGCUAUACCUUAAGAAAGAGGUUAUGCAAAUCCUAAACCUCGCCGCCCCGCCUCCAACGAGAGUAAUACGAAAUAAUCUGGGGAAAUGUCUUGCGCAUAUACUCGGGAAAGGAGAUAGGAAACUGCUCUUUGAGACAAUCAAUGAUAUGAUUGCUAUCAUCAGCGGAGGAAAGUCAAAGUCGGAUGGGGAUAUGAGGACUAAACAUGCGGCUGUGUACUGCUUGGGAGAUGUCUUUGCGGCAGCAGGGGAUAGUGCCAUUGGGUUACACCCUUUAGCAUGUUCUGCGCUCUUGAAACUCUUGAAGGCGGCGCAGAAUAAUGCAGGGCUACGAGCAGCGGUUUUCAAAGCCCUAGGCAAGAUCGCGAAGAUGAUAGAAGGCAGUAUGGACGAACAAGUGGCCAGAGAUGUCUGGAAACAGGCACGGAACUAUGCGUCAAGCGACAAAUCUGCUCUAGUCCAGAUGGCAGCUUGUCGGUGUCUGAAAUCGUUUUCGAAGCACACGCCAUAUUUCGAUAAUUCGAGCGAUUUUGACAAUCUGAAAUCGACGAUUUGGAAGACUAUUGACUCGACAAGUCCUUUAGUUCGACAGGCUGCUGGGGAAUGUCUCGCUGAGGCUUUGGUUAAGGCACAUUCGGAAGCUCCAGUGCAGGAUAAUGAUAUCCCGAAGAUCAAGAAGCCAAAACGAUCGAAUACUAAACGUCUGUCUAUGGCUCCGGGAGGGGCUUUAGCAGGGGAUGAUGAGGAUGUUCCUCAGAGAUCAGAAAGCCCCGGUCCAAAGAAGAGUCAAAUUCUCAGCUUUUCGCUUGCAGAAAUUUUGAAGCAGCUAUCCACUUUCUAUGUGAAAAGCUCGACCAGUAGCAGGUCGAGAGCUGGCCUGGCCGUCUGUUAUACAAGAAUCUUCAAGAGUCUAAGUGAGAGAACGGUCGAGACGAUGUACAUGAAAAUUGUGGAUCACCUGACGAUAGAUGUAUUGAGCCAUCCAAAUAUCACCAACAACCGAUAUCGACUCCUGAGUACGCGGAGAUUUGUCCAAAUCAUUCUCGAAGACGUUAUUGGAAGAACUAUUUUGGGUGAGGCGGGCCAGGUGGAUGCUGCGAAAUCUUUGAUCAACGAUGUGCUGAAGAACUAUCCCCAAGUCAUCAAGGAACAAGCAGAGCCGUCGAAGCAUGCACUUAUUGCAGUCUUAAGUGCUUUAGCAUCUCUGAUGAAAAUCCUGGGAUCGGCUUCAAAUGCUUUCUCAGAUGCUUGUAGGGAUGGUUUGUUACAGGUUCUUCAACACCCGAGCUAUACUGUUCAGAUAUACACGUCUUACUGCUUGCGCACGUUUGCUCUAGCGUGUCCCCAACAGCUUUUAUCUUGUCUCACGAUUUGCAUGAAUAGUGUUAAUCGAGAGCUCAGUCUCUUGACCACGGCGCGGAAUUCUCCACGAAGAUGUAUUGGUUAUGCGAAUGGUUUAUCAGCCAUACUCAGCACUGCUCCCGUACAGCCUUUGUAUGGAUCGGUAGAUGUUAACAGUCGAGUUCUAUCACUUGCCACUGGACUGCUCAAAUCCAGCAGCAAGUCAGAAUUGAGGAUAUCAAGUACUCAAAUUCAAGUUGCGUGGAUCUUGAUCGGGGGUCUCAUGUCACUGGGACCCAAUUUUGUCAAAAUCCAUCUCUCGCAGCUUCUACUUCUGUGGAAGAAUGCACUUCCAAAACCAUUGGCAAAGGACAACACUUCCCAGCGGAGCUAUCUAGAGUCCUCGUUCCUCACCCAUGUGAGAGAAUGUGCUCUCGGUUCUAUUUUAGCUUUUCUGCAGUUCAACAGCAGGUUAUUAACAAUCGAUGUCUCGAAGCGAAUAGCUGCAAUGCUCCAAAACACAACAGCAUUCCUCAAAAGUCUUCCAUCGAAGAAGACGAUUGACGAUGCAUCUCAACGUCUUAGCCCAUCUCUACAAUUACAGGAUCUGGACCUCAUGACUCAAAGGAGAGUGCUUCAGUGUUACACAAAGUUGGUAAACCUCAGUCCUGCUGGCGGGAGUGAAGCAUUACUUCAGUCGAAUCUACUUACGCUAGCCGUCUCUUUCUUCGCAGACCCUGAAAAUUACACUCCCAGCUCGUUAAGCACGUCAAUUGCGAAUUCCGCUGGCACAUUUGAGACUGUUUGGGAUGUUGGAGACAAUUGCGGAUUCGGGGUCACGGGUUUAGUCCGUGGCUUCAAAGUCAAAAAACUCCCCGGUCAGCAUGAGAACGACCAUCCUGACGAUUGGAUGGAGGAACACGGGUCCGACUCUGCCAUCUCCAGAGUUCUGCUCUCUCCUAUCUGCAGCUCGCUUGAACACGACUCUUUAGCAUUAUACUUAGGAAAUCUAGGGGGCCCGGAUACGCUCCCAGAUCCACCCGCAACCGAAGUUGUCAAUGUUGCUAUUCAACUGUUUGCAAUUGCAUUCCCUCUCACCCCUUCAAAGAUACAAGAGAGUAUACUCGAACAGAUUGCUACUUUCAUGACAGCAGGGUCGCUGCAACGAGACCAGGGGCGGAAAGCUGCGAUGAAUGUCAAUAUUGCAACAGCGCUCUUCUCUACGCUACAAGUAGCUGUGAAGGAGACACAGUCACCUUCUGGCGAUCUUUCCAAUCCCGCUGUAGAGAAGCUGAUGCAGGAAAUGAUCCGGACUUUUGUUAUUCAUCAUGACCAAUAUGUCCGGACAAUUGGGUACGAGGCACUGUCUAGAUUGUGCAACAGCUCUGGAAACGCAUACACAAAUCAAGAAGUCAAAUAUCUGAUCGAUACAAUUGUGGGCAAUCGUGAGCCGAGUGCAAGAGCUGGAUGUGCAAUGGCCUUAGGGUGCAUACAUUCUCAAGUCGGCGGCAUGGCAGCUGGUUUUCAUCUGAAAACAAUUGUCGGUGUUCUGAUGUCUCUAUGCCAAGAUCCACACCCGACAGUUCAUUUCUGGGCUCUAGAAGCCUUGACCCGAGUUGCCGAUUCUGCUGGCUUGACCUUCUCUGGUUUUGUGUCGAGCACAUUAGGCAUGAUUUGUCAGCUCUAUGUUGCAGACACGCACAACGAGGAUAUAUCGUCCGGUCCGACCUCGAAUCUGGAAUUAGAGCUACCAACGACAGCUGUCAUUGCAAGAUGCGCUGACUCGAUGGUCAAUGUUCUCGGUCCCGACCUUCAAGACAUGACUAAGGCUCGCGACUUGAUCUUGACUCUCGUUAGCCAAUUCCAAGCUGAAGUUGACCCUGCUGUCUUAGCCGGGAGCCUGAGAUGUUUAGAGCACCUUUCUCUAUAUGCGCCUGGGCACAUGCAUUUCAAAGACUACGUUGUGAUGCUACAGAAAGAUCUAAACUCUGAGUAUCCUGAGCUGAGAGACAUUGCAAUUGAUGGGCUUUAUAACCUGAUGAAGCGGAAUUCGGAAGACGUUGUCAAAGCAGCAGAAAGUGGAUUCGAAGACCAGCUUUGGUUGGCUUUGGACUCCGAUCCUACCCACGAGGGUAUCAGAAAUGUCAUCAGGAACUGGCUGCAACAAUCAUGUCUCACCGAGACUGCGCGAUGGUUGCAAAGAUGCCAAACCGUGCUGACUAUGACAAGAGCCAAAGCUGAAGAGACUACUGCUGCAUCUACAAAAGUCAGCACAAUGCCAGACCUUCAAGACGAAGAAGUGGCAGGUUUUGCUGCAGCUUCAGGAGCAGCUAAGGAUGAUGGUAUCGCAGCAGGGCCAGGCCAAGAGCCGCUGAGAUGGCAAGUUCGGACGUUCGCAAUGAGCUGUCUCGGAGAAAUGUUUGCACUCAUCAGCAAAGAUACGCCACCCGAUGGCACUACGCCGGCGGAGAUGGAGUUGCAGAAAAAGGUUGCUGAUGUCAUUCGAAUGGCAUUCUCUGCUUCUACUUCCAAUGUGGUUGAGUUGAGAGUAUGGGGUCUAAAGAUCAUCGAUUCCGUCUUGAAGAUGUUUGGCAAGACUCCCGAUCCUGAUUUCGCUGAAGCGCCUCUGCUCGAGCAGUACCAAGCCCAGAUCAGUUCCGCUCUUACGCCAGCUUUUGCGGCCGACUCUUCUCCAGAACUGGCUUCCGAAGCUGUCAAUGUAUGCGCAGCAUUCAUCGCAACAGGUAUUGUCACUGAUGUUGACCGAAUGGGUCGAAUUCUGAAGACUUUGGUCACAGCCCUCGAGAACUUUUCCACCGAGUCCGAGUUUGCAUCCAUUGGAGAUCUUAAAGGUCUCAGCUCGAACGCCCAGGUUAUGGUGAAAAUGGCUGUUUUUUCUGCAUGGGCAGAACUUCAAGUCGCAAGCACGGAGCAGCAUUACUUGAUUGAUGUCCUGAAACCCUAUAUUGGAACGCUAACUCCUCUGUGGCUUGCGUCUCUGAGAGAAUUUGCUCGUCUGAGAUUCGAGCCAGAUAUUUCCAUGAGUCUUGGUCCUCCAUCUCUUUCGGGUAGUUUAGAUAGCAUCUAUUCGGCGCUGAAUCGCGAGACGCUGUUGAGAUUCUAUCAAGAUUCUUGGUUGAAGCUAGUCGAUGCAAUCGCCAGUCUUAUCGAGCAGGACAGCGAGUUUGUGUUUGAUGCGCUAGAUGGCAAGGAGACAGAAUCUCUGACCACGAAUGGUCAUUCUAAGGGCAACGAUAUUAAUUAUCGUGAUGAGCCUGUGGCUUUCUUCUUCGUCCUGUUUGGUAUUGCAUUUGAAGCACUUGUCGCUAAACCUGGAAGCGAUGCACUUGCAUCGAAAGGACAGACUUUGGCGAUACUCCAGGCCCUGAAGAAGAUCCUGCACCCAAGCGUUUCUGGGCAUGCAAUCUAUAGGGAGGCUAUUUUCUCGGAGACCAUGGACUUAUUAGACCGCCUGGUUCUUACUGAGGGUCUGGAUGUGCAAGGUGUCAUUGUGCAAAUUGCUCGAGGAUUGUGUAUCUCUCAUCCAUCUGCAACGAAAGCUGAUGCCACCGAAGACGGAGACUUGUCGGAAGACAUCGAACAGUUAUUCGAGUUGACUCGAAUUAUUGUUCUGGUUUUGGCGGGCUUACUUCCCAAUUUAAUCGAGCCCAAACAGCCUGCGCGACAUCAGAUGACGGAUGAAGCUGUCAUUCUCGUGCGCUUAUCCCUAAAUGCCUUGGUUGACGCAGCGGAGGUAUUCCCUUCAAUUAUAAAGACCGAUUUACAUGCUUGCAUCAUCCAUAUAUUCGCCACCAUCCUGGGCACAGCAAGCUGUCAAGCUGUGGUGGUUCCUCAGUCACUCCCCAUCCUCAAGCGUUUCAUCACAAGCAUCUCAGGGUCACGCAAAAUCCAGAGAGAAGAACAGGAGAUAAACCUCACUCAAAUACAAGGCUGUCUAAAACGCUUCCUAUCCAUCUACCUUAACGGCCAAAAACGAGAAAGCGAAGCCUCACUUCCAUGCGUCAAGAACACUCUUCUCGCAUCAACACUCCUCCUUACCAGCGGAAAGAAUUACAUCUCCGCUUCUGAGCCCCUCGUCACUCGCUUCCUAGACGAAGUUCUUGACUGCCUCAGCGACCGCAUGACCGCCAAAGUAGCAGCAAACUGCAUUCGUACCCUCCUCUUGCAAUCUCCCAAAACACCAGCCGACCAAUCCAUUACACGAUACCUCCUACCGCGCCUAAUAUCCUUCAGCACAUCCACAACUGAAGAUCCCGAGAACGCCCGCGCGCUCGUAUCACACGCUCUCACGGCCUUCGUCUCCACUCUCUCCCCAUCGCAAAAGCCUGUAGCGAUGUCAGUCAUUAUGCCGAUGUUACUGCAGCGCGCAAGUACAGAGGGUGAAGGUGUGUAUCAGGAAACGAGUGCGAGAUUGCUGGAGUUGGCUGGAAGUGAUCAGGCGGGAUUCAGGGGCGUGGUUAGUGGGUUGAGUGAGGGCCAGAAGGGGUUUAUGGAAGGUGUUAUUAUGAAAGGACGGAAGGCGCAGGCGGUUAGGCCGGGUAGUGAGGAUGCGGGGGGAAGGGAGCCGAGUAUUGCGUUGAGGAUGGAUUUUGGUAAUUGA